UAUCCGAUUUAAAAAUAACUACAAUGCGGGGUAAAUUCGAUCAAAAAAUAACAAAAGCUUUCAGUAUUUUAUUGCAACUAGGUAGCUUUGGACCAUUUUAAAGAAUAUUAUUCUCGAAUUCGAAUUCUUAGAUUUAAAUAAUAUAAAAUAAUAAUGGCAGGAAGACCAAGACGAACCCGCAUUUAUGGCGCUAACUAUAACAUUGGUGAAAGCUACUAUAAACCAACUUUGGAUAACCUUGAUAGGAAGCAUCUUGGAAGCCUAAACUCAGAUUCGGAAUCAAUUGGAUUAUCAAAACCAAACAGAAAUAUUGAUGACUUGCUUAAAGGCAACUCGAUUUUCCAGAAAGGAUUACACGACGAAGAGCCUUCCAUAUUUGACUAUACUCCUAAGGAACCUAUUUCUAGGGCCUCCUUACCCAUUUUCGAUGAUGAACCCGAGGAAGACAUAAGAAGUUCAAUGCGACGAAUGGGUGAUAUCAAAAGAGCAAAAAGUCCAUCAUGCUUUUUGGAUGACUUCACAGCACUAAAGGAAAGAAAUAUGUCAAAUAGCUCGGAGAUAACAAGUCGUUUCUUAAAACCUAAGAUAAGUUACGAUUUUGAUGAUUUAACUGAUGAUUUGAGCGCAGCUAAAGCUGACAUAUUUAAAUCCACUUCAACUGCUACAUCAGCAUCCUCAAGAGCCAAUGCAACUAAGGAAAGAUUGGCUAAUAUCGAAUUUGAAAUGUCAGAAAGGCUCGAUAAGCAAGUUCAAAGGGAGAAACGAUCAGCAAAUCUUAAGAAAAUUCUAAGUGAAAGUGGUGUUGAAUCUACCAAAGUAGUUAAAAAAGUGACGUUUUAAAUAACAAAAAUUUAACUGCAAAAUUAUAAUUAAAAACUUAAAUUAUGAUACUUACGAUUGCUAAGAGAAUGUUAAUUCUUAUUUAUAAAAAUAUCCUUUGUAAUACAUCUAACAAAAAUACUACAACUGUACUCAGGUUCAGACUUAAAUAAAACACCUUAUUUAUC